CCUGUUUAAAUCCUUAAUACCUGUAAUUAAGGUUGCAGAAUCCUUUAACUUAUUCAAAGCUUGACAGUGUUACAAGAAAGUUUAUAGUAUUUUGAAGUGUUUUUAUUCUGUGGUUCAUGAUGAUAGGAAAUAAGUGGUAUUUGGUACUGUUUUUUAUUAUUUUUUCUUUGGUAUUGUGUACGAGUGCGAAACCCCUAUUGGUUGAAAAAAUGAUGGCCAGCAACGAAACUCUUAAAAGGUUUCCAAGAUUUUCGGAUAUAUUCUUCCCGGAGGAUGAUAUGUCUUCCGAAGAACUUCCCCGACUGGAAAGUCCACCAACCUGCGCAGAUGGCAGCACCUUCUGUGAACAUUUUUUGGAAUACCCUCAAAACUACUUAAAAAAUGUCCUCAAGGAACAUGCUGUGAACAAAGCGUUAUUCGGGAUGGAUAUUGUUCCAGAGUUUGGGACGCGUGAUGGAAACGGAGACACUUUCAUCUGCAAGUCCAGAGUUAGAACAAUAUUUCCAAAGGUCGGUAAAAAUACUCGAAAUGAUUGGAAAAUCAUUAUAAACCAAGGAAAAGAAGAAGGUUAUGUCCAAGGAGUAGUCAUUGAAACUUGUAUAAGAGAAGGAAAACAAUGCGACUUAUUGGGAGAUAUAGUGAACGACUACACAACAACAUGCAAACAAAAAUAUAUUUACAGGCGACUUCUGUCUCUUGACAGCCAUGGUAAGCCUGCUCAAGAUACUUUCAUGCUCCCUUCUGCUUGUUGUUGCACAUACAGAAGAAAUUAUGAUUUUUUGAGUGAAUAUUUAAAAAGGAAAUAG